GUCAGUGAUUCAAGCACUUUGUCAUUUUGCCGAGUUUUCAAUUAACCAGCAAACCGCGAAGCUCAUUCCGGCCGUACGUUAGUUAAGCAAACAAUUGUGUGCAUCGAAAGCGGCGCCGUCUGUCCGUCGAACGUUCAAAUAAUCGCUUUCAAGUGGCAGUUGCAUUUUUUUCAAUUUCCCGUCCGGCCGGAUUUCGCCAUUGUCUCGCGCGCGCUCAUUGUUCUUCCGUUUGUGAUAUUCGUACAUUGUGUUGACCGCAAUUUCGCAAAUGGUCACGUGCGGCCGUCAACCGUUCAAUAUGCUGCCAAUGGCGCCGAUUAAUCCCUUUGUCUUGGCAGCAACAGCAAAAAACGCGAUGACGGCGNCAACGGUGGCAACGGCAACCGUAACGACUGCAAACAUCAAACCAAAGUUGGCGUUCAGCAUCGAUUCGAUAGUUGGCAGCAACAGCAAAAAACGCGAUGACGGCGAUCCCACGCAAACAACAACGAAUUGUCGACCAAUACGUCCUACCGUCAUCUCACCACCACUCUCCUCCUCGCAACGCAGCGACAGUCCAGAUGAACGUCCAAAUGGCGAGCGCGAUCGCGAUCGCUUACUGCUCCCGUACGAGCGUCCGCCCAGUCGCGUCAGCCUUAGCCUCAGCGAAGACUCCCAUCAUUGCCAACAACCAUUAGAAUUAAGGAAUAGCUUUACUGUGAAUUAUCGCUCGGCAGCGGAUCUGCACCACACUGCACUCGCACGCCCGCCCAUGGGUCUCAUCUAUUGUCGUCGUCGCUCGAUAUUGGAUCAAUCGCCGGAACGUGAUUGCGCCAGUCCCCUACUGGCGGGCAGAUGUCGCACACGAUCGCGUUCACGUUCGCCCACUCGCCUAACGCCACAAANCUUACUGCUCCCGUACGAGCGUCCGCCCAGUCGCGUCAGCCUUAGCCUCAGCGAAGACUCCCAUCAUUGCCAACAACCAUUAGAAUUAAGGAAUAGCUUUACUGUGAAUUAUCGCUCGGCAGCGGAUCUGCACCACACUGCACUCGCACGCCCGCCCAUGGGUCUCAUCUAUUGUCGUCGUCGCUCGAUAUUGGAUCAAUCGCCGGAACGUGAUUGCGCCAGUCCCCUACUGGCGGGCAGAUGUCGCACACGAUCGCGUUCACGUUCGCCCACUCGCCUAACGCCACAAACUUCCCGUGAACCUAAUAUAACUGUGAAUCGUAGUCGCACGCCCUCUCUUUCGCCCACACCACCACACAGCCGCGCCACACCACAAUCGCCUCAAACGCCAGGUAGCGCCAGCGGCAGCAUAGGUGAGCUUAAUAAGCGACCCAUUCAUGUGCCUGGCAUACCGGCCGGUUUGAUACGCCCUUUACCAAUGCAAGCGCCACAAAGUCUUUCUCUACUUCAGUCAGGCAGUGGCGGCGGGGGCGGUGCAGUUGGACCCGGUGGGGCGCCCAACUCGUUAGAGGGUGGCAACGCGUCUGGCAACCCUGCUGUUGUGCAUCCUUUAGCGCCAACGAUACCCGGAUCGGUACCGCCAGCACCACCACAACCACACGGUGGGCCUCCGCUGCCGCCAUCUGCAUCUGGUGUUGUUCCACCUCCACCUCCGCCGCCUAAUCCACACUUCCUGGCAGCGCAAUUUCAAAUGGCCGCUGCAUUAGCGCAUCAUCACCAUCAGCAGCAGCAGCAGCAACAACAACAUCAUCAUCAUCCCGCAGCGCAUUUGCCGCCAGGCCAUCCAAUGGCAUUAUUCCCGCCCGGGCCGCAUCAUCCGCACUUUGGCGGGCCACACCUGAUUCGCGACAGUUACCCGCUCUACCCGUGGCUGCUGAGUCGACAUGGACGGAUAUUUCCACAUCGAUUUCCCGGUA